AUGGACGCCGAAUCAGCAUUAUCACGGGGCUGCAUCGCGGCCAUCUUCAAUGACCCCGAUCAGGCCGCAAAGCAUUUCCCCGUGCCCGUGAUGCAGUGCCUGCAGAUCAAGCAGAUGGCGCCGUCAGGGCAGGGCGGUGAUAGGUAUCGGCUGGUCAUGAGCGACGGAGUCAACUACGUCCAGACCAUGCUCGCUACCCAGGCAAACCAUGUCAUUCACGACAACAAGCUCGAGAGGGGCUGCCUGACCCGAGUUAAGCAGUACACGCCCAACGUCUUGAAGGGAAAGAACAUCCUCGUCAUUCUAGACCUCGAGGUCAUCGAGUCUCUCGGCGUGCACGACAAGAUUGGUGACCCAGUGGUCCUCGAGCCUAGAGCGGCCGAGACGACGAUUGCCGGAAACGACUUUUACGGAGCCAAAAAGGAGGAGGCGGAUGUCAAGCCACAGAUGCAGCAGCUUCAGUCCAUGCCGGCAAGGACAGCCACGCACUCGGGUGCCAACAUAUACCCCAUCGAGGCCCUGUCGCCCUUCUCCAGCAAAUGGACGAUCAAGGCGCGCGUGACGUUCAAGUCCGACAUCAAGACAUGGCACAAGCCGACCGGAGAAGGAAAGCUUUUCAGUGUCAACCUCCUGGACGAGAGUGGCGAGAUCAAGGCCACGGGCUUCAACGAUCAGUGCGACGCCUUUUAUGACAUUCUUCAAGAGGGGUCGGUCUACUAUAUCUCUAGCCCUUGCAGGGUCUCGCUUGCCAAGAAGCAGUUCAGCAACCUGCCAAACGAUUACGAGCUUGCAUUUGAGCGUGAGACAGUCAUCGAAAAGGCAGAGGACCAGACCAACGUGCCUCAGGUCAGGUUCAACUUCUGCACCAUUCAAGAAUUGCAGAGCGUGGAAAAGGACAGCACCGUCGAUGUGAUUGGCGUGCUGAAGGAGGUCGCAGAAGUCACCGAGAUCACAUCAAAGAAGGAUGGCCGACCUUUUCAGAAGCGUGAACUGACUCUGGUGGACGACACUGGCUAUUCAGUGCGCGUCACAAUCUGGGGCAAGACGGCAAGCUCAUUCGACGCCAACCCGGAAUCCGUGGUGGCUUUCAAGGGCACCAAGGUAUCAGACUUUGGCGGCAAGAGCUUGAGUCUGCUCUCGUCGGGGACCAUGACUGUGGAUCCCGAUAUCCCUGAUGCCUACCGCCUCAAGGGCUGGUAUGAUUCAGCUGGCCGAACAGACACCUUUGCCACCCAUCAGAACCUGGCCGGCGUGGCCGGCGCAACUGGCCGAAAGGAGGAGAUCAAGACAAUUGCCCAGGUCAAGGACGAGAACCUCGGCGUGGACGACCAGGCGUACUACACGAUCAAAGCCACCAUUGUCUUUGUCAAGCAGGACAACUUUUGCUAUCCUGCUUGCUCUAACCAAGGAUGCAACAAAAAGGUGACACCAAUGCCGGAUGGUACAUGGCAGUGCGAGAAGUGCAGCGUAUCACACGACAAGCCAGACUACCGCUACAUCAUGCAACUCAACGUGGCAGAUCACACAAGCCAUCAGUGGCUGAGCUGCUUCGACGACACGGGCAGGAUAAUAGUGGGCAUGUCUGCCAACGAGCUUAUGGAGCUCAAGGAGAAUGACGAUGCCAAGUUCAUGGCCGUGUUUGAGGCAGUCAACUGCAAGAAGCUGACGUUCAGAUGCAGAGCCAAGAUGGACAAUUUUGGUGAUACUCAGAGGGUGCGAUACCAAGUCAUGAGUGCUUCGUUGAUAGACUACAAGUCAGAGGGUCAGAAAUUGGUGGAGUUGAUUAAGCAGUUUAACAUUUAA